AUGUCGCGACAGGGCACCCGAGCCCGCACCGGCCUGAAGUUGCCCUUUGCGCUUGAAAAAGAGCUUGGGCUCGAAGGCACAUUGCAACCACGCACUGGAGGAGGGCGACGCUGGCAUGGUUUGGUGCAAAGUAGAAAAGAGCAGCGGAAAGCGCAAAGGCAGGAGAAGAGACAGAAUAUAAAGGGGCCAGUGGUCCGGAGGGGACCGCCCAUCACAAGGCAGGGGCUCUCAGAUGGAGGAGACUCCGACGAAGACGGUGACGAACCUUUCUUCGCCCCUGCCGUGUCGAAAAGAGGCAGUGUGAAACAAAAGACCAAGAAAGAAGAGCCCAAGAAACCGAAAUCGAUUCUUAAAAGGCAUAGAGACACGUCUCCGUCACUAUCUGAGAGCUCCCUUCCAUCGCGAGCCCGGUCUUCAUCUCCUGGUCUCGUCCUCGACGCCAACUCUCAAGCCUUCAAAGAGCGAGCUGCACAGGAUGACGCCGAGAUUGCGGUGCUCGAGAGGAAGCUGGGGUUGAAGAAGAAGAAAACAUCCAAGUCUUUCGCAGAUGAUGGGUUGGACGACUUGCUGGAGCUGCUGGACGGGGAGGAUCGAGGUGUCAAGAGGAAGGGCGAGGGUGAGGCGUGGUUGGACAGGAAGAGAAGAAAGGCGGAUACUGAGGACGAUGAAAGCGCUGAGGAGGACUUUGGGAGUGACGAUGAUGGUGACGACGACAAGCUCGAUGGAGAACUGGGUGAAAGCGACGAUUCGUUGGAUGAGCAACUGGAGGGGGGCUUCGAAGAGGAGCAGUCUGAUGAGGAUCUGAGUCAAGGAAGUGAGGACUCCUUCGAGGGCUUCGACUCAGACAAAGACAUCCCCGACGUCCAGCCACCAAAGGUCCGCGAAAAUCCUUACGUUCCUCCAGUCGCCCAAGCACCCACAGGAAAAUAUAUUCCGCCGUCACUGAGGAAAGUGCAAAAUUCCGAAGGCCCUUCGCUGGAAAGACUGAAAAAGCAACUUCAAGGCCACCUCAACAAGCUAUCCGAAGCCAACCUCGUAUCAAUCCUAGGGGAGAUCGAGAAACUUUACCAGUCCAAUCCUAGACAGGACAUUACCUCCGUCCUGAUUGAUCUCCUCCUAACCUUGUUCUGCAACAGGUCAACCCUCCAGAACACCUUUGUCAUCCUCCACGCCGCAUACGCAACGGCAGUGUACAAAGUCAUUGGCGUAGAUUUUGGCGCAGAACUGAUCUCGCAGUUGGUCGAGCGACUUGACCAUUACCGCAGUGAUAGCUCUACUGGCAAAGAGGCACUCAACCUGAUCAGUCUUCUCUGCCAUCUCUUCACGUUCCACCUGAUCAGCAGUACCAUAAUCUUCGACUAUGUCCGAUUAUUGCUCGAGCGGCUGAGCGAGAACAAUACGGAGUUGCUGCUCCGGGUCGUCCGGGACUGCGGACACCAGUUGAGGCAGGAUGACCCAUCCUCACUCAAAGACAUUGUCCAAAUUAUGCAAAAAGAAGCGGCACGGAUGAAUUCGGCGGGAGAACAAAUGAGCGUGAGGACGAAAUUCAUGAUCGAGACAAUCACGGAUCUGAAGAACAACAAGAUGAAAACGGGGGCGAAUAAUGCAGGCUUAGCUAGUGAGCACAUCACACUGAUGCGGAAGGUCCUUGGUUCGUUGAACAACACUCGCACUGUCAGGGCCUCCGAACCACUGCGGAUCACGAGAGAUGAUAUUAAGAACAGCGACAAGAAGGGGAAAUGGUGGCUAGUUGGCGCCAGCUGGAAAGGUCACGAACCAGCAGCCGCAGCACCAGCGGAAGGACAUAUCAACACCUCAAUGGCGAUGACCAGCAUUGGACUUGAUGAUGAUGAUGAUGAGUCGGUCGAUCUACUCGCCCUUUCACGUCACUACGGCAUGAAUACGGACAUCCGCCGCUCCAUCUUUAUCGCCCUUCUCUCAGCGGUGGACUACCAAGACGCGCAUCUACGUCUCCUCAAAUUGCGUCUCAAGCACAAUCAAGAGCUGGAAAUCCCCAAAGUACUGCUUCGCUGCAGCGCUGGAGAAAAACCCUACAAUCACUACUACACACUCGUGGCGCGCAAACUGUGUCUGGAAAAGAAGAUGCGCAAGGCCUUUCAGUUUGCGCUGUGGGAUUUCUUUAGGAGAAUGGGCGAGAAUCCGAAAGGGGACGACGACGAGGAAGAGGAUGCCGGCGAAGGAGACCAGGAAGUGGAAAUGACCGAGAUUGCCAACCUCGCGAGGCUCUAUGCUUAUCUAAUCCUGGAUGGAGCAGAGACCCUCGGUGUCCUCAAAGUCCUGGAACUGGCCUACAUCAAAGAACGGACGGCCAUGUUUGUGGAGCUCCUGCUCAUAAUCAUCAUGACCGAGGCGAAGGACAAACCGGCUGCGUUAGCCAAAGUGUUUGAUCGCGCGGCAGAGACGCCACAGAUCAUCAAGAGGCUGCAGUUCUUCAUCCAGAAGAACGUGCGGGCUUCGGAUCUGGUGGGCAAGAAGGACAGGGACGUGGUCAAACGAGGAUGUCAAACUGCGCUGGAGACAUUGAGGAAACUCGAGAUGAUCAACGAGGAGACGGAUACAUAA